AUCAGACACCUAACAGCAUAUACUGAGUAACAAGGUACCAGACUACCAGUCUAUGUCGAUUGUCGAGUUGAUCUGACUUCGCGCCAUUUUGUGUGUUAAUAGUCGGGGAACAACGAUCUGAAUUAGAUAUCUUCUUCGAUUUUCUACAGCUUUCGAGGUGAUCUUUAUACGGUAGUUGUUGGGAAAUCUCAUUAAUAUUUAUAAGAGUUUUAAUAUUCAAAUUGAGCUAUGGAAUACGAAAGAAGCAGCGACGGCGGGAAUGGUAAUGGUCAAGGUCGAUUGAUCAUUGACGAAGAAAAGCUUGCCAUUUUAAAGUCUUUCUUCACAAGCAGAAAUAUGGACUCAACCAAGAAGCAGAACCUCGCUGUUAUAAAAGAAUGUGCAAACCAAACAAUGCUCACAGAACAACAAGUGAAGCACUGGAUAAGUAAUUAUAGGGCAAAAACGAGUGGACGGAUAUCAGGAAAAGUAGGAAAAAGCAGAUUAAUGAGAAAAAGAUCUGGCUUUAAUGUAUUUGCCAGUGAGAACCUAUUCAAAGAAAGCAGUGGAUCUUCCUCUAAUGCCUUCAAAAACAUUGGUGACAAAUGGAGAACCCUUUCAGAUGAACAAAAAGACACCUUUAGAAGAAAAGCAUUGGAAUCAGAUAAAGAUGUUUGCCUUCCUUCCAACAAUGCCAAGGCUAAAAAAAUAAUAAACAAUAUGAUGAAAGAGGUUCAAGAAUUGGAAGCUUUAGGAGGCCACUGUUUAUUGAUCUGCGGCUUUGAAGGCCAUGUUUUCCAUGGCUCAACAGAUGUCGGCAAUAAGAUGUUGAAUGAUAGCGAAAACGAUUUGGUACAUCACUUCGCCAAUUUGCUGCAGUGUUCUCAGGAUGGAAAGGAGAAUAUUUCCGUAAAAGCUAUUCAAGAACUUUUUAAUAAAAAAUACGGUGAAGUUGUGAAAAAGAAAAACGGGAAAAUGCCAUAUUCGAAAAUUCAAGAAUAUGGUAUUGCUUUUAUCGGACUUCCAGCUCAUCUGGAGAUAGAUAUUGGAACUACACCACGAAAGCCUGCUCUGUACGGUUCGGCUCAGCGUCGUGAAUUGUGGCAGUCUAGAAAUGCUUGGUCAUUAACUAUUACUUCAUCAAGUAAUCUUAUUUCCAAUGCUCACACUGAUGCCGGUCAUUCUGCUCUCCAAUCUAUUUCUGAUCCUGUUGUCUCUAACUGUAAAUUCAACGCUUCAACUUCCAAUCCUCCUACUUCUACUGCCUUACAUUCUACUUUUUUGUCUACACCUUCGACUUCCCAUCCUCUUACUUCCAGUCCUGCUGUCUCUAGCUCCCCCAGUUCUAGUUCUUCCCUGCCUACUCCUUCAACAUCCAAUCCUCGCAUUUCUAUUGCCUCUGUUAAUGUCCCUAAUUCUAGCUCUUCUGUUUCAAAACCUUCUGCUUUCAAUCCUCUUACCUCUAGUUGUCUUACAUCUACUUCUUCUCCUCUUUUGUCGGACACAUCCAAUGUUUCUUUGCCUGUUAAUUCCAGUCCUGUUAUGGCCGUAUCAAGUCCCGCAACCCUCGCUUCUUUGCAGGAAAUUCACAAAACAAAAGCUAUCAGAGUACCAAAAGACAUGUUGUUUGGUCUGAUGGCGAAGAAUAGUAAUGAUGUACAGGCUAUAGCAGUAGUAUCGGGACAAACUCGCGUCCACGGGCGAAACGUGGGAGUUGGAAAUGUUGUUGUCGAAAUUCGCCGCAUUAUUCAACCUGGGUUGCUUCCUUUUUGUCCUGGUGCAUUUGAUACGGACGAAUGUGUCGUCGAACGUAAACUGCGUCAGGUUGACUUUGUGUUGGUUCGACUCCAACUCGCAGUGAAUUACCUCCCCAUUUCAAACUUAGAACUUAUGCUCUUUGAUUACGAUGACAACAACAGUAGUGUAUAG